AUGAAACAACACUCUUCUUUGGCUUCCUCGGCGCCGCUGCCGCCCUCGUCUUCUCCAGCGUGGGAGCGGCUUAUGGCACGACCAAGAGCGGCGUUGAUGUGGCGUGAUGCGGCCGAAGCUGGUGAUGAAGUCUAUCGUGCCCGUGGACAUGGCUGGUGUCCUGGGUAUCUACGGCUUGAUUAUUGUUGUGAUCAUCAGUACAGACUCGCUUGUGGUCUCGUCGGCCUUGCUGCUGGUAUGGCCAUCGGGAUCGUCGGAGAUGCUGGUGUCAGGGCUAAUGCACAACAACCAAAGCUCUUUGUAGGGAUGAUUCUUAUCCUUAUCUUUGCUGAAGCUUUGGCUCUCUAUGGUCUCAUUGUCGGAAUCAUCCUUUCUUCUCGUGCUGCUGAGGAUGACAUCGGGAGUCCGUUCCGUGGAUCUGCGGGGGCUCCGUCCUUCUCUUGGUUGGAGUGGCGCUGGAGGGGUUUUUCAGUCUGGGCUUGGUGUGGCUGGCCGGUUGCAACACGUUGGUGUUGGACUGGUCGGGGCGGAGGUUGUGGCUCCUUCUCGCCCUCCUCCUCUGUUCCUGUUGAUUUGGGUUCAGGGGGCCUCUGCUCGGUUGAUUUCGACUAG